UGUUUUGUGACCAAUUUCGGAUACUGCAUUGUGCAGCAUGUCUUAGGAUGAAACAAGGAAGGGUUCAGAAUGCACACAUCUCGCUGGUGCAGUGACCGUGUGCAGUCAAGUGUCACCGAUGUGUUCGCUAUUUUGUGGCCAAGUGAAUUCCAUUUGUAGCCGAUCUGCACUACAAGCAAAGGAAGGGAAAAUCAUUGUAACAAAUGUGUACUGAAAUUCCCUCAGUGUGUGCGUACCUUCUAUACGGGCUCGAGUUGUUCUACGGGUUACUAUGGUGAUGGUGUGUGCUAGUGCGGUUCCUUUCGACGAAAGUUGCAGCAUUAUUGUUAACUCCACUACCAACUAGUUAAUGUUGUGCAAUGGUGGAAAAAUAAGGAAAUCUUCAUCGGAAUCGCUAUUAUUAUUUUCUCUUUUUUCAUUUCUACGCUAAUCCACAGCAAAGGGUUCCUUCGGUACGGUGCAUGCUUGUCUGUGUGUGUUUGUGUGUGAUGUGUCCGUGGAGAAGGCAAGUGCAUCUAGAAAGGAUGUAAAAAGGGAGUGACGUGUGCCAAAAAAACGUCGCAGCAGGCGUUUUGCGUUUAUUUUUCAGUGAUGUGAAUAUAAAGUGAAUAAAAUGCGUGUGUUUUGCAAGCGAGCUAAUGUUUCACGUGCGUGAAAAUUAAUUCAUAAAAUGGUGGUAGAAAAAUAACCUCGAAAUUGUACAUCCUGUACGCGAGAGUGUGAGUGCGCGCACGUAUGUGUGGUGCAACAAAUGUGUUCGCAACAAUAGCCGGAACGCCCCGCGGGGGGUAUGGUAAUUUGUCUGGCCGUCCAAACAAAGGUUUCCUACCGUCAGUCAUCUCCGGCUAGCAUAGACGCAGGUGUGUCUAGAUAGAACGCGUUGUCGUUCUUCGUCCAUUAUAAAUCCGCUCUAAAGUAUUGGUGACGCAGAAGACGAGUGCAACGAUGGGACGGUGUCGGGAGGAGUGUGCGCGAACAAGCGAUUAAGAAAACAUGACAUCAGCUGCUACCACUAGAGACAGUAGACGACUGUACAGAACAAGUGGCAAACCACAACAGCAACAAAAAGUGAAAAUUCUAAUCUGUCAAACAAAAGAUUCGGAAAGCGUGGACGCGCUGUAGCCCGAUGAGCAACCAGUGCUACAAUCAAAGCAACCAAGGGAAAUUUCGAGGUCCGUGUUUUAGGUUGUGUUAAAUUUUUGUGGUCUCCUUUUUCCACCCCCAAACCAAAUGGAUCCGUUUGGUGAAAUGCAGUGCAAUAUUGGUGGAGGUAAUCUUCAAUCCACUUCAUCGGUUGAUGGGCAUGCCGCUGGCAAUAUGACACCGAGCCCAUCCAGCAUAGUGAAACCGGUGGCCCAACCGGACACACCCACCAGUCCGAACGAUCCGGAACAUCAGCCGGAAAAGACGGACUGUACGCCGGAAAACUCGAAGAAAAGUGACAGCUCGCCGGAAGGUGCAGAUGGAUUUGGUCGGCUUCCAGGACCGGUCGACCGGUUAGCAAUGGUUGGACAUCGCUCUACAAUGGCCAGCGAUACCGUUGCGAAGAGUCUUUCGAUACAGGAAAUGUUUAAAACCGGCCGAAGCGUUAGUGAAGAACCGAGCACGAAAACAACCGACCCGUUACCGGGCAACAAUGAUGAGGCACUGGUCGAUUCGGUACGGAAUGCGUUUGCUUUUACGAUCGAUUUUGGUGACGGGAAAAAACCGAUCGAUUCGCAAAGACACGAGAAGAUGUUGGAACGUUUUCAGGCACGUCACAAGCGUGGUGUAUCGCUGUCCAAGCUCGAGUCGAGCUCGAGCACAUCGUCACCGUCCUCGGUACGGCAGCAGCAGCAAGGAUCACGGGCACCGGCUAGUGUGAAUUUGCCACGGCGCAACAAAACGGUGGCGUACGAAGCUGGUGACCAACAACAACAGCCCACCCAGCAGAUGGUUAUGAUCGAUGACGCGACCGGACGGCCAGUUGCGGUGAAACUAAGGGAGAAAACACAACGAUCGGUUGGACGCGAUCAGUCCGCAACCAAGCGGCACAGCUGGAGUCCACGUACGAGCAUGAGCGAAAUGGGAACGGUUGGCAGAAUGCAAGAAGCGGCACCACUAAAACCAACCGCAGCAAGAACCACCAAUACGGGUCGUUUUGCACCGAAAUCGGCAACACUUGCGUUAGCACUGGAACAGCAACAGGUGGGCAAUCACGAGAGGAAAGACUAUUCUUACUCUAGCUCGGAAUUUAACGGCGAAAGUCUUGACUCGUCCGGUGGCAUACCGUGUCUGGAGGCACCGUUGGAAAACUUCCGCAAAGCGAAAGGUGACGGUGAGGAUGAUGAUGACGAUGAGGUUAGCGAGGCAGGCACGUACACGAUCGAUGGGGCAAACUAUACCGAGGAGCAGAAGGAACGCAUGAACAUCGAUCGGGUGGGGUCGUCGCAGGUUGCACUGCCACCGGAAGUGGUGGAUCCCGUACCGGUCGUACCGGCCGUCCGGCCGACAGACUUUCGGGAAGAGUUGGAAGUGAUCGAUCUGGAACGGACGGCUGGCAGCGUUGGUAAUGCAGACCGUAGAACGAAUGGGCGAACGAUAAAGCACGAAGAAUCACCACCGCAAGCGAUGGAACAUCGAAAGCACAACAUACUGGAGGUGUCCUACUUUCACGAACCAUCACCACCGGGUAAGGCGAUUGCCGGUGCGGGUGUUACGACGGAACGCACGAAAAGCAAACAAUCGUACAUCGAGAAGCUUAAAUCGCGCAUGAAAAAUAUCACACAGAAGAGCAGCAGUACGGGAUCGAGCCGUGCAUCAUCGGGCAGCAAGCAGCAACAUCUACAGGGUGUGAUGAUCGCACCGGAACUGGACUCACCGGACCAGGGUACGUUUACCUCCGUCACGACGAGCGGCAUCUUGAGCGUGAAGCCGACACUGCUCGAAGGAAAUCCGACCGUACCGGUCAACCAGCGGAGACGCAACAGCCUAACCAAAUCGCACAUCGAUAGCUCGGAGUAUGUGCAGGGCGUUGCGAAGCUAAACAUUCACGCCAGCGGCGGUUGUACGAUGGAUGGUGCGGGCGAAAUGGAACGCAGUGUGACGACGUCGGAACCACCGGAAGAGGAGCUUAAAAUUUUGAACUGUUACACCGACUCCGAGAAGGCACACCAGGGCGGCACAACACAGCAUAGGCUGCAGCAGUCACAAUCGAAGAAGGGUGGAGGCGGUGGAGAUAUCAGUCCGGUCCGUCGGAAAACUCCUUCCGAUGUGGCGGCUCUGACGUCUGUAGCGACCAAGAAAGAUUGGAUACAGGAGUGGGCAAAGAAUGCGCGCGAAUACUCAAAAUCCACCAGUCCGAAGGUACAUCCGCAUGAUCCACCAACGGCAACAACGGCUUACGGGACUGCGACCGGUGGCGGAGGACCGAUGGUGCGAAGUUACGGCGGGGAGUGUGAUGGUGAGGCGUCGUCCAAUCGGCGCAGCAGGGGCAAUCAGUUUGGUUACGAUUUUGAUAUCGAUCUAACCAAAAGCGAUUACUACGAGGCAAAGAAGUAUGAAGAGUUUGGUGACAAUCUGGACCAUCGGCAGCCCUAUCGGGGUGUGGUAGGGCGCAACAACCAUACGGCGGGUGGCAGUGAUCCGGUGGUAUUUCGCACUCAGCCACAGCAACAUCAUCAGCUUACGACGACAUCACCGGAAGAGGAUCCAUUCCGGGAACCGGCGCUUCCGUACGGCAUGAAUGAGUUCGCCCGUGCUGGUUCGCGCGGUUCGAUGCGACGAUACGGCCACAACCAGCAUCCAUCGCCGGUAACGUCAUCGGCCGCAUCCAAGCCUCCGAUGAGCCCGAGCAAAAUUCCCUCACCAAUCGGUUCGAUCGGACGGGCACGGAGCGUUAGCCGAAAUCGAAGCCUACAGGGUAGCAAUUCGGAUCUUUCCGGAAAUGAAACGGAAAUGUAUCUGCAGAAAACGGCCGCCGCAAUUUCGACAUUGCAAAACUUGCAACGGCGUAAUUCGCUGCGUAACAGCUCGUCGCACCAUUCUUCCAGCCCGUUGAGUCCGGCUUCGCGGAAGAUGUCACCAAAAGUGUCGCCAAUGAAUUCUUUACAAUCGCCAAUCCAUUCACCAGGGCUCAGCAGUAACAACUAUGGAGAAAUGCAUUCACCCUUAUACUCACCGCAACACCAUCAUCAGCAGCAGCGCAACAAUCUGCAUCAUCAUCAACUACAUCAGAACAUUGGCGGUGGCGUUGGGCACAAACGGAAUCAUUCGCUGGACGGCGGUGUAGAUCCACUCACUUCGCCGACAUCCUACCUACCAAAUGGAGCUUCCGGAGGUGCUGGAACCGGACAUAUGACGCGUAGCUUGAACACAAACACGACGAGUCCAAAGCUGGAUUUCACCAAGCGGCAUCACACGCGACACAACUCGUUCGAAGGUGUGAUGUCUUCUUUGCCGCCAAAACCAGUUAAAUGUUUCCAGCAGUUCGAUCAAUCGACCGGUGCAGUGUACUACGGUGGAAAUAACGGACCGCACGAUGUAGAUGCGGACGUCGAUGAAUUGGAAGAUCUGGACGACUGUCCGGAUUAUGAUGAGGAAGAAUUUGAGGAGGACAUCGACGACGAUGACGAUGAGGACGAUAUGGAAUUAAACAGUAGGCAGGCUGGCGGACUGAUGGUUGAUAGUGUAAUGCCCCGGCCAAGAGCGAUGUCGCUGGAACCUCGGAAAAGAUCGGGCGGUGUUCAGCAGCCUUUGCCAACUUCCACAGGUGCCAAGCAACAAGUGAUCGCGACCAAUCAUAAAAAUGUCGCUGUUAAUCGUGUUCAAAAAAUACAACCACAGCAGCAGCAGCAGCAGCAGCAACAGCACCUUACAUCACCCAUUAAACGGUCAAGUUCGUUCUCGGUGAAGCCGAAUGUGAUGAAACCGGCUACACCGACAAUGGCAGCAAAAACGGGAGGUCUAGCAGGUGUCAAUGGUCGAUCCGUAGGUGGUUCGCGAAUACAAAAGUCGGCCAGUAGCACUAGCUUUAAGAAAAUGGCGGCCGGUUUGACGGAUAGCGGUGUGCAACCACAACAGUAUCAUCAUCAUGCGGUACAGCCACCGCAUCAUCGCCACCAGCUGGUGAUGGACCCGAACUAUCCCGAUGAGUUGAUGCUGUACAUAAACGAUGGUGAUGAUGAUGGGCUACACAUGAGAGGUGCCGAUCGUAGGCAGCAGGAUGGAUUCUCUUCAAACUCGCUGACGGAUGAGGAAGACCCGGUGGAUGAUCUGGACGAUGAAGAUCUCGAUGUAAAUGGUGCACGGCUGGAGAAGGAACCGCUCACUAAUACGCGUUACAACAAAACGUUCCUUAUGCGUAUGGAACAGAACAAAAAAUUAGCUGGUGGUCCAGCCAUCGGCGGUGCAACAGCUGGAAGCACGAAACAAACUGGCGGUGCAGCGGCGUGUCCCAAUACGCCAGAGCUACCGCGACGGGCGGUUCAGAUGCGUAGCGUCGGUGGUCUCGGAAGGGAUCGUGCUUCCAUGCCAAGGGAUUCCAGCUUGAACCGCAUGAAACAGGAUCUGAACUUGCGGAAAUCUUCCACUGGGCGCGAGAUGCUGCUCGGUGGUAAAGGACAGCAGCAACAAUCGACACAGUCCAUUAAUUCUACAUCGUCUUCAGCGGUCGGUGGCGGUGGCAAGGUGCAACCGAAGUAUUUGGAUAUUUCGAAAUACAAAUCCUCCAAUGCAGCCAAUUUCCUAAAGAAGGAUGAGUCGAAGAGCUACCUCCUAAGGCAGGAGGGUGUAAGAAAGAGUCCCAGUAGUGCAUCCGUUUCGUCUGCCAUGAGCCGAACCGAUCCUACACGGAUGAGCGCCCGCAGUAUCAAGUCAGCUAGCAGUGCAGCCAGCAAGUCUAGUGGCAGUGGCACCGGAACUGGCGGUGUCACGAAGAAGGAUCCCGUUAAAAUUGCAAAGGAACAAGAGCUCGAAAUGUGGAGAAGGCGUGCGAGUUACGAUCCGAUGAAAGCUGCCCUCGAGGGAAAGAAGAAACAGCAAGAAGAAUCUAGGCGUCUCGCUGCCGCCCAACAACAGCAAACACAGCUUCAUUCGGAACGGCAAAGUAAAUCGUGUGAAAGCUCCGUUUUGAGAUCACAGUCCUACCACAGUGGUGUCGGUAGUGCUGGCGGUGGUCGUUUGUAUCAAGAUCAUAUCUUUCGCUCCAACUUAUUGAACUCGAUACAGAAUGGAACGGUACGAAGGAAAACGAACGCAAGCCAAAAAUGGUACAUUGCGCUAUACUAUUGUGGUGAUGGUGCGGACAUAAAUCCAAAUAGUUCCGAUGCUGCCACUCAAACGAACUGAAACGUUAAUAAAAAAGUAGUCAUAUUUAGCGAUAAACAUGGUGAAAUCUAUGGAGUACGGUGAAUGAAAGCACGAAUGUAAGAAUGACAUUGGAUGAUCGAAUUAAUUUUGUUUUAAUUUUAGUGUAGCAAGUGGUACGGGUGCUUAGCAUAACGGGGUGCGUAAGUUUUUUUUUAAAUGUACGAUCGAAGGACGAACCAAACGAAUGUGAUGUUGUUAGGAAAUGCACCAUGUUGUGUGGUAUGUGAGAUUAAAUCGACCUAGAAUAGGAACUUAGGGUUAUACGUCAUGUAUGUUACAGAUUUUGUUUUUCUCCUUUUCGUAUGAAGUGUCACAAUAUCAUGUGAUGUAAGUAUUAGGAACGUAUAACAAUUAAAAAAGGGAAGCGAAACAAAAAAAAAUGCGAAGUCGAACGAAAAACAAAAAACCAGAAUAUCGAUUUUCACACACAAUGUGGAUUGUAUUAGCUUUUACAUGAUGUAAUCAACAUUCAUGCAAUCAAAAUAAUUCAUAAUGUAUGACCGAUACUUUAAAACGCAUUCUUAGCCCAUUAAUGAAGAACUGUACUACAUAUUGAUCGAUUAUACUUUGUUCAACAGUUAGUAGAUACUUACUUUUAUCCACAAUAUUAGCCAGACAGAAACAUAAAAGAAAAUAGAAAAAAACAAACCCGGAACGAAAAAUGCAUUAUUCAGUCCGCUCAUAUACACAUAGAACGUAUAACUGUAAGCGUAACUAUCACAACAUAACCGGCCAACCAAAUUGCGUCACAUAAGCAUACUUUUAGCAUACAAAUACCAUAGCAAAGCUAGCAAAGUGAGUUAGAGAGUGGAAAAGAGCAAAACGGUUUUGCCUCAUUUUAUACACGAACGCAAUUUGAAGAUAUAUUAAAUCAUUUUUUUAUGGUAGCUUUAAUUCAGUUAAUGUAUUUUUGGUGAUUUAUAGUAUGAAUAGAAUGAUUGAUAGAGUCACCUUUUCGAUGCCGAUUUGAACAGAAGAAAAUACAUGUUUAUGCAGUAUUGAAAUAUUAUUUCAAGUUGAUGAAA